AUGCAUCUCUUUGAGAUGAUGAAUUUUCUCUUUUUCAUUGUUACUAACUUGUCUUCCUUGAUUCUCUUGAGCUUUGAAAGGUACCAAAUUCACAAGAAGAGAAAUGGAAAGACACGUUCUAUUGAGCUGUUGGAGAUGGACGUCCACAAGAGCAUUAUUCCAGUCCCAAAACCGCAACAACAGCCACAACCUCCAGCACUGACCCAAGCUCCAAAGAAAACGCCAACAGUUGGAAGCUGUGACACUCCUUGUAGUCAUGGAAAGAGGUAUGGCAUCCACCCUCCUCCAAUUGAAGCUGCGGCCUAUGAGAUCAAAGCAAGCUUGGUUAAGUUGAUUCAAGAAACUAAGUUCUUGGGGUCUGGUAUGGAGAAUCCAUAUGAUCAUUUGGACUGCUUUGAGAGGUUGUGUGACACAUUUAGGACUGGAGGAGUGCCCCACGACAGUAUCAAGCUCAUCUUGUUUCCAUUUUCACUUGGAGAAAAGGCAAGCAAAUGGGAGAGAGCAUUACCAUCCCACUUGGUAAAUUCUUGGUAUGAUUGCAAGAUGAUCUUCCUCCAAAGGUUUUAUCCCAUACAAAGGACUAUCCAAGCUAGGAAAGACAUCUUGGGCUUCAAACAAAGAAUCCAUGAGACCUUUGAUGAAGCAUGGGAGAGACUUAAAGGCUACACUAGAGAUUGUCCCCAUCAUGGGUUCCAACAAGAAGCUAUUCUUAGUAUCUUCUAUUGGGGAGUUGAUAGAGAGCAUAAAUGGACAUUGGAUGCAGCUAGCAAUGGGCGUUUUGCGACUCUUACCAUAGAACAAGGAGAGUUACUUGUUGAGAAUUUGGCCAAGAGCAAUGAAAGAUAUAAAGAGCUUGAUACUGAAUAUUGUCAAGAUGGUAAAACUGAGGUGGAGCUUCGUUUUCAGCAAGAGUCUGUUCCACAAGAGCAAGCUGCUUCAAAGACUCAAGAAAUGGAGCUGAACAGCAUGUUCCAACAACUUCUGAAGGGACAAGAUGAGCUCACAACAAGAGUAAAGCGUUCAUACAAUGAUCUCCACAACAAAAUAGAGAGUUUAACCUCUCAAGUGAAUCACAUGGAGAGCAAAGAUCAUGAAGCUGCUGUAAAGGAGAUAGAACGUGUACUCUUUUGUCCACAAGAAGACAUUGCUCUUAGAGUUCUUUCUUCACAAGACAAUGAGGACAUUGAGCAACUCAGUGGAGAGGUGACCCUUGGAACUGAAGUUUUCGCUAUAAAAGACAUCCAUGGAGCUUCUAGAGACAAAGUUCAGAUUACUGCUGAAGAAAAGGCCGAACAACAGCUUCAGAAAGAAGAAAAAGCUAUUGAACCGCCAGCUUAUGUGUCUGUAAGUCUCUGUGAUGAGUUUCAAAACUUUGAGAUGACGUAUGUGGGGACUUGUGGAAUGAAAGAGAAGGAUCAGCCGUUUGCUGCUUGUGAGAAAAAGAAAGAACACCAAAGAGAGCUUGAUCUUGAGUUCAUUGAUGGUGAGAAGUUCUUUAGUGAUGAUGAGGAUUGCUUGGAAUCUCCACCUCCUACACCAGGUGAGAAAGAGAUCAGCAGCAACAAAAGCAAUGGUUCAGAGUCCCAAGACAAGCGCCCAACAAGCAUUAAACCAUUCACUCUUGGGAAGUUUGAAUGUCUCUCUGACCGAAUGAAGACUCUAGAAAUGCAGAAGCUCAAAGAUGAUGCAGUUCUAGAGAAGAGACUUAAAGACAUCAAAGAAGGCGAGGCUAAGAACAGCAUCGCCCUUUGCUGA